GUGUGGCUGCUGUGCAAUGUUGUGGAUCGUGUUGCAUCCUGCAUCUCGAGUACAAUCGUGUUUCGCAGCGAGAAAUAACGUGCUCUAUUUCAAAGAAAGCGAAGCGGUCUGAUCAUUGCAUAUUAAAACCGACGGUGGUGUAACGUCGGAAAUUCUCUCUCCCUCUCUCUCCCUUCACCCUUUCCCUAUCAAGACUUUACCGAUUCGUGUGUGCGUGUCGGACGCGUAACAUCGCCGAGAAGCAACUGGGAAGUCACGCAAGCAACAACGAUUUAUUCGGUCGCGGCAAAUGUAUCUGCAAACAUGGAUAUUUGCAAUAGCGCACAUAACUUAUGCCCAAUACGUCGUCGCCAAACGCGGGCUAUGCAACGGCUACAAGUCCGGCGUAGACGAUCUUCAGACAUUCGAGUUUAUCAGCAAGCUGAAAUUGGAUCUGUUGGACGCGCGUUACAGUGGCAUGACGAAGGUCCGAGGCAGUAAUCGCAUGCAGACGGCAUACCGGCUGGAGAAAGGCACUGAUGUCACCCUCCCGACGAAAGACAUCAUACCCAGCGGGCUUCCAGAGGAGUUCUCGUUGGUGUACACGCUGAGAGCUAGGAAAUCACCGAAGUAUCCUUGGCAUGUUAUUAAGAUUGUGGACGUGAACGGCGACGCUCAGUUUCUCAUCACAAUGAAUUCCAGGAAGCGAACACUGGAUUUUUCAUCGAUCAACCACGAGGGAGAAUUACAGACGAUCUCUUUUGUGAAUGAUCGCGUGUUUGACAGAGGUUGGCACAAGGUAAACUUCGGGGUGUUCAAGGAUAAACUAGUCCUUAACGUCGAUUGCGAAUUCGUUGGUGUGGAAGAUUUAAAACCACGCGGUUCGAUUAAAGUCGACGGGGAUCUGUCGAUAGCUAAAAUGAGCAAUAGUAAGAUUACUGUGCCGAUUGACUUGCAAUGGAUGGUUUUAAUUUGCGAUCCGACAAGAGACGAGAGAGAAACGUGCAAAGAGCUACCGAAAACUGUAGAAGCCGCUUUGCUUCAAAUAAAACCCACCUGCAAUACGAUCUGUCCGCAAGGACCACCUGGAUUUAAUGGUUCUACUGGAUUUCCCGGUUCACCUGGACCACCCGGAGCACCGGGGCCAAUUGGUACGUCAGGUUCAACUGGAUUUCCAGGGCAACCGGGGCUGCCGGGUGAACAAGGAAGGAUAGGAGCUCCAGGUAACAUUGGCGCUAGAGGUUUUCCAGGAUUGCAAGGUUCUAAAGGAUCAAUAGGACCCGCAGGACCAUCGGGCUUACCAGGAUCACCAGGCCGAAAGGGUGAAAGAGGCGAUAUGGGAUUUCCGGGUCUGAAAGGAGAUCAAGGUCCUCGAGGGUUUCCGGGUCCGCCAGGGAAUGCGGGUGAUUUUUUACAUGGAUCGCCAGAAUACAAGGACGAAAAAGGAACCAAAGGUGACCGAGGAGACAAUGGCAUUCAAGGACAGCCGGGUGAAAAAGGCGAACCUGGAGACAGAGGAUAUCCGGGAUUAGAUGGAUCCCGCGGUCGUGACGGUGCGUCGGGUCUUCCUGGUCUUCCAGGACCUCCUGGUCUUCCGGGACCUCCUGGAUCGAAAGGCAACACUGCAUAUACGAACACGUCCAGUAUUCCGGGACCACAAGGUCCUCGUGGUAUAAUAGGACCUCCAGGACCAUCAGGCUCAUCAGGACUGCCAGGAUUGCCAGGACCGCCAGGUCAAAUGGGUCCAAAGGGCGAUAUUGGGGAACGUGGUCGAGAUGGCACACCGGGAUUGACGGAUAAUAACGUCAUAUCAGGAUUACCUGGUCCCGAAGGACCUAUUGGGCCUCCUGGUGAUGAUGGUCUUCCAGGUGAAAAAGGAGAAAUUGGAUCAAUAGGUCCUUCAGGACCAUCUGGAAAUCCAGGAAAGGAUGGAUAUCCAGGAUUAUCAGGACUACAGGGACUUCCAGGGCCACACGGAGAACCGGGGUCUCCAGGACCUCGAGGUUUAGAUGGGCUCGCAGGAAAACCAGGGCCGCCAGGAUUCGAUGGAAAAUCAGGUCAAAAAGGUAACAAAGGACAGAAAGGUGAACAAGGUCUGGCCGGACCUCGUGGGUUACCAGGGAAUUCGGGCUCAAUGGGUUCACCAGGAGCACCAGGUGUACCAGGAUUAGAAGGAAGACCCGGUCUACCCGGCUCUUCGGGACCAAUAGGACCAUCAGGACCUCCAGGCCCUCCCGGUCUUUCAGCUGCGAAUAGCAGUUUUGGUAACAUUGGUAGUCCCGGUCUCGAGGGACCUAGAGGUCCACCAGGUCCUCCAGGCGUACCAGGUGAAAGGGGAGUUCCUGGAGAACGAGGAUUAGAAGGUCAGAUAGGACCAUCUGGAAUACCUGGUAAGGACGGAGCGCCUGGAUUGCAAGGUCUCCCCGGGAACAGAGGUCAAACGGGGUUACCUGGACUUCAAGGUCUGCCGGGACGUAGUAUAAGCGAAGCGGAAAUUCGCGAUAUUUGCGCUACUGUUCUGAGAGAAAAGAUGACCGAAAUGGCAGCGUUAAUGCAAGGCCUACCUGGCCCACCCGGUCGAGGCCGUCCGGGUCGUCCUGGAUCCCCUGGACCUCAAGGUCGCCCAGGCGAUCCAGGCCCACCAGGUUUGCCGGGAGAUCGUGGAUUCGUCGGUUUACCUGGUUCGCAGGGUCCUAUUGGUCCACAGGGGCCACCUGGCGAACGUGGGGAAAAGGGGGACAGAGGUCCCGAGGGAAUCGGCUUAGAAGGACCGCCUGGUCUAACAGGUUUACCAGGGCCUCCUGGUAAUGACGGCGUCGGUUUGCCCGGAAGGCAGGGAGACAGAGGUGAACCAGGCAGACCAGGUGUUUCUGGCGCGAGAGGACCACCAGGAGCGCAAGGACCACCCGGAUAUUGCGAAUUCUGCAAUUAUCCUAGUAGCAAUUACUUGCACAAUCGUGGCAACGAGAAAGGUCCUUAAACAGUUGUAAAAACUAACUUCUACAUAUAUAGCGGAAGGAGUACUGAGGAAAGAUUAUUUUUAAAAAUCGUUAUUCGAGAUAUUUUUUAACAUGAGUGUCUUUAUAAUUCAGCACUCAAUGCCGAAUUAACAAUGCCUGUAAACCCCUUACAAAGCACUGUCAUGCAAA